AAUGUUCGACAAUAAUAUACCCCCUGCUGGUCGCCUGCCGUAGUCGCACAUCAUCGAUCCAUGGACAGUUGGUUUGACUGUGUCAGGCAUUAGUUUUGCUUUCACUUUUCCACUUCAGUCACAGUCUUUGCCUUUUGUUUCUUCUUGCCGUCGGAUCAUCUCCAUCGUUUUAUACCUUUUAAAGGACAAUGGCUUCAGUGCCGCCAGGGCCUCAGGCCCCCAAUCCGAUAGACUUCUCAGCGAAACCGGAGGAGAUCGCCGAAGUGAGGGCGCACGAUGGUCCCAUCGAGGACGAGGACUUGAAGAAGGAACAUAAACAAGCCGGUGUGCAAGCCGUGGAAGCAACAACGACAAUAUGGGGGAAAUGGGACCUCGUUGCGGCAUACGCAUUCAUCUGGUUGAUAUACUUCAUCACGUCGGCGUUUGAGGUCGUUGUUCGGUCGUUGACCCCCUUCGUGACGAGCGCGUUCUCCAGGCACUCGCUAACUGCCACGACAACGAUCAUGUCGAGUAUAAUCGGAGGGUUGUCGAAACUACCCAUCGCUAAGAUUCUCGAUACCUGGGGUCGACCUCAAGGUCUGGCUUUGACGCUCCUUAUCUGGGUCCUUGGCUUGAUUAUGAUGGCUUGUUGCCAUAAUGUGGAGACCUAUUGCGCCGCGCAGGUCUUCUCUGCAGUCGGUGCUCAAGGUGUGAGCUACUGUUUGACCAUUUUCAUCGCCGAUACAUCAUCCUUGAAAAAUCGACCGCUGAUGCUGGCCUUCGCGACAUCGCCAUACAUCGUAACAACUUGGAUCGGUGGUCCAAUCGCCGACAGUGUUGUUCAAGGUCCUGGGUGGCGAUGGGGGUUCGGCAUAUUCGCGAUUGUGACUCCCGUUGUGGUUUCGCCGCUGAUCGCGCUGUUCCUCUGGAACCAUCAGAAAGCCAAGAAAGCAGGGCUGAUCCGGAGUAGCAGAGGGAAACUGACUCUCUCGAGUGUCAAACAGUACGUUAUUGAAGUGGACCUGAUUGGCCUGAUAAUUCUUGCGGGCGGCAUGGCGCUGUUCCUCCUCCCGUUCAGCCUCUACUCGUACCAGGCGAAGUCCUGGAGUUCGCCCAUGAUCAUCUCUAUGAUCAUCGUCGGUGGCCUUCUCAUCAUCGCAUUCGUCUUGUACGAGCAGUUCCUUGCCCCCGUCAAAUUCAUUCCUGUGAAGUUGCUAGCCGAUCGAACCGUCUUCUUCGGAGGGUUGAUGUUCACCUUCGUCUUCUUCAACUCGGCGGUGUGGAACAGCUAUUUCACCUCUAUGCUCCUCGUCGUCUGGAACACCGGCGUCGCCAAAGCCACAUACAUCACGAACAUUUACCGCGUCGGAUCGUGUUUCUCGGCAUUGAUCAUUGGUGUUUUCAUCAGAUGGUCCGGCCGGUUCAAAUGGGUUGCGCUCUAUUUCGCGAUUCCCCUGAUGAUGUUGGGAGUGGGACUCAUGAUCCAUUUCCGACAACCGGAUGUCGACAUCGGCUAUGUGAUCAUGACACAGAUUUUCGUCGCCUUCGCUGGCGGCCCAAUUGUAAUCGCAGGCGAAAUGGCCAUGAUGGCACCGUCGGACCACCAACACAUCGCCGUCAUCAUCGCCAUCCUCGAUUUGUUCAGCAGCGUUGGAUAUGCGCUUGGGUCCACCGUGUCAGGGGCGAUCUGGACGGGAACGUUCCGACCGGCUCUCGAGAAGCAUCUUCCGGAGGGAGCACCGAUCGAACGCAUUUAUAACAACAUGUACCAACAGUUAGCGUACCGGGUUGGAACUCCAAACAGGAUUGGUAUCGGCUAUGCUUACGCCGAUUCUCAGAGGUACAUGCUCAUCACGAGUGUGUGCCUCUUAGCUGGCGCCGUGGUGUGCGCCGCCCUUUGGAGAGAUAUUAGGAUCAAGGACGUCAAACAAGUUAGAGGCAACGUCGUUUAAUUCCCUUCUCGAAACCGUAUGGUAGCAAACGAAUAUUACGAUAUCGGAAGCAGGAGCAAGCUUUCCACUGUGAGAAACAGAUGUGAAUGUCUGGAAUCGCGAGGUCGUCAACCGUCGAAUUU